CAGCUGAUUUUUGCCGCCCUUCACGAAUUCAACUUUAUUUUAGGAAAACAUUUAAAUUAAUACAAGCAUUUUAACAAUUUAUAUUAGAGCCAAAAUGACCGAGCCCCUGUGGAUCAAACAAUUUGCCGCCUGUGAGGCCACAUUCCAGUCCGCAGAAGCCUCGAUUGCCCAGAAACAGAAUGCCUGGCGAAGACAACUGCUUUUGCUAUGCCAACAAACCAGAGACUCCACCCUCUUUGCCGCAACAAAAGAACACCAGGAAAAACUGGAAAGACACGAGAGCACCGAGCAGUCAAUUGUGGAGCGCUUAAAACGAUGCCAGGAAACAAUUAAAAGGAGCCGCAGGACGAAAUCGGAGUUAAAACAAGCGGAUUAUGUGUUCGAACUGCCCCAGAAUGUGUAUUUUGAUCCUGAAUGCAGGACCGCGUACGAGAGUUGUGGGAAAGCGGAGAUGACCUUGCGAGCACUUCAAACCCCUUCCUCGAAAACCCAAACCCUUGUUAAGCCCCAUCAACCAGUGCCAUUAAAUUCUGCCCCAGGCAGUGAUUCGGAUAGGAGCUUCAAGAAAGAACACCACAUUCCACCGGAGGAUGCAUCCCAAAGUGGCUUUGGCUUUCGCACUGCCCGGGAGCAGCUGGUUCUGGACGAACUGAAGAAAAACAAGCAGCAUUCUGCCAAUGAAUCGACUGCAUCUCCAUGCGACAUGAUGAACUUUAGGAAGAAAACGCUGGGUGGAAAGCGCACUGUUAGCUCGAAGUUUGUUUCGCCCUUGGGAAGUAAUGAUAACUCCUCAAGCUCCAAUGGCAGCACCAACCUACCGCCCAACCUGGCCCAUUUGGAUCCCAAGAUGGUGGAGCAAAUUCUCGGAGAAAGCAUGCACGAUUUCAAACAUGUGGCAUGGGAAGAUAUUGCAGGACUGGAAUCCGCGAAGUCCACAUUCCUGGAAGCUAUUAUAAUGCCGCUUCGGCGGCCAGAUUUGUUCACGGGUGUGCGGUCUCCACCGAGAGGGGUGCUCUUGUUCGGCCCACCUGGCACUGGGAAAACGCUCAUUGCCAGGAGCAUUGCAUCCCAAGCCAAAGCCAAGUUCUUCAGCAUCAAUCCUUCCUCUCUGACCUCCAAGUGGGUCGGCGAGGCCGAGAAGCUGGUUAAAACAUUGUUUGCCGUGGCCGCUGCUCAUCAACCAGCUAUAAUCUUUAUAGACGAGGUCGAUUCCCUGCUAUCCAAGCGUUCGGGGAACGAGAACGAGAGCACUCUGCGGCUGAAGAACGAGUUCCUCAUCCACCUGGACGGCGCUGCCAGUAAUGAGGAGGUGCGGCUGCUGGUAAUAGGAGCCACCAACCGGCCGCAGGAGUUGGACGAGGCAGUGCGGCGGCGAUUCGUUCGCCGCUUGUACGUACCGUUGCCUACCAAGGAGGCGCGCCAGAAAAUCAUUGAGAAGAUUCUGCGGCAGGUUAAGCACAGCCUGGAUGCUACGGAAAUAAACGAGCUGGCCGAGCUUACCGACGGCUAUUCCGGUGCGGAUGUGGACUCGCUGUGCCGCUACGCUUCUAUGGCUCCUCUUCGCCUGCUGACACCUGAUCAAAUGGAGGUCAUUGAAACGCAUCAGUUGCCCGCCGUUAACAUCAUGGAUUUCAAGCAGGCUUUAAGGGAUAUUUCGAAAAGCGUUUCGGCCGAGGAUUGCCAGCAAUUCGAGGCCUGGAAUGAGGUAUACGGCGUGCGACAUUAAAUACAGACAUGGAUGUUGUAA